UUUUUUUUUUUUUUUUUUUUUUUUUUUGUUUUGUUUUUUAGCAUGGUGAACCUGCAGGGGUUCUAUUUAGCGUCGUCUCCCCAACCAAGACGUAUAAGGUUAAUUGAUUAUUGAUUUGGAUAAAUAUACUUGGAUGAGACACUUUCCCGGUUUGUCACCGGCGAUAGUAUUGUUUACCAUUUUCCGCUUCUCAGCCUAUAUUCCGCCUUUGCUUCAAAAUAAUCCCUCUCAUACUCUCGUAAGCAUAAACAUCAACUCCUUCCAUCGCUUUCCGCCCCGAAACCCCCCAGGUCUGGCCACCUCUCUCGGAACUAAUCCACCCAGGAUGCCAGCCGGUUGCAAGGGCCGACUGAGGCUGCUGUCACGAGAUCGCAUACUCUACCUCGGAGACGCAUAAGGAACCAUUGCUGAGACCCUAGCUCGUCUUUGACUGCAUACCCGCGAGCCAGAAAGUCGACACAGGAACAUACAGGGUCCGAGGGCGAGGCUAGUAGAUUUUCGGU